UUGUGACAAACUUACAUAAUACCAACUACAGGAUACCGAUCAUCGCUGUCAGAUAGGGAACUACAGACGGAGGUUUGUACCCUCUACAAACGGAGCAAGUAAACCCAUACCUAGCAGACCUACACUAGCUGCACAUUAUGGGGAAUGAUCCGUCUGUAAUGGAGCUGAAGACAGCUGUAAAACGGGAACAGGACAGAAACAAAGUUAGCCGAGGAAAGUUUGAGGAAUUAAUGAGUCUCAUAAGAAAAGACCAAACUGGAAAAAUCGUAUCCCUGAACGUGAAUCGUGAAAGCUUAUUUAUCAUUGGAAUAUCACAAAUGAAACAGACGGAUUCGGAGUUUUCACCGAUUGAGGUGACAUUCCUUACAGGUGACCAGGAAGAAAGAAACGUCAACCUCGGGGGUCCAAACCGGGAAUUUUUCACACUGUUUCUCAACGAAUUCAUCAAUCAGAAACUGGAUAUGUUUGAAGGGAAAGGAGGUUUCUUGUUACCGACUCACAACAAAGCUAGAGGCGAUUGGUUUCACUAUCUUGGGAAGGCAAUUGUGCUCUCCCUGCUGUGUGAGGGACCCGGAUUUCCCUACUUCCCACCCUUCAUUGUCAGCUAUCUAAGAGAUAGGGAGUUUAUGCAUGAGCUAAGCACAGUGUAUGUUGUGAACACAUACCUCAUAAAACACAUAGAGGGGGUAAACGCGGCUGGAUGUCAGGAGGAGAUCGAUCAGAUCAUUGGAGGAGAUACUGAAAUGUUCACUGAUUACUGUGGCUGGUCAAAUGUGGAACGGAUUACAAUAUCCAACAGACUGGGGUACAUACAGACCCUUCUCCAGUGGUACCUUAUCGACAGGCGAAGAGAAUCUUUAGACGAAAUCAAGAGGGGACUUCGAACCCUGUCCUUUCUUGAUAAGACAAAAGAAUGCGACGAGUUCUGCAGAUUCUUUCUAACGAGGGAUAAAAGGACGACGACGGCUCACUACAUAAAGGAAAAGUUGGUACCAAAAGUUGGGCAACUGACAACAAAAAAUGAUGUGGAGAAAACUACCAAAUCUUUAACAGAAGAAUUGUUGAAAGAUCUGAAUGACGAGGAGGCGGCCAAGUUGUUUCAGUUUAUUACUGGUUUAGACGAUCUGCCAGUGCACGACUUCUCCAUGGGUGUAGGAUUUAACAGGUCCGACCCAAAGGCAGAAUUACCCCAGGCCACCACCUGUCUCCAAUAUCUACACCUACCCCUUGGAAACAAAAGCAAGAUGGAACUGUAUGCCUCUUUCAACAAGGCACUUACUCUGGGCAAGAUUGGCUUUUCCGAAUAACUUUUGACUUUACUCGGACAUGAUUAUAUAUGUAUACAAAUAUAUAAACAGAGGUCAAAUAUCUUUAUGUUGUGGCCAGGAUGUGUACAUAAAGAAAAUACUGGUAGAAAUUACCAUUAUGUAUAAAUUGAAAUAAUUGUGAAACAAGCUAUACCAACUUAUAUUAGUCACUCUUUAUGGCCCGUAUUUCAGGGCGCGAGGUGUCUUACUGUAGGGAGAAACCGGAGUACCCGGGUAAAACCCACGUGAUCGGGAAGGAGACCUGCAUUAAAUUCCUUUUCACGAUCGAUCGGGAAAUCGAACCCCGGCCGCCUAGGUGAAAGGCAAUUGUGAUACUACUUUGCAACCAAACAUCCCUGUAACUCACCAUUAAUUAUCAACUGCUAUUAGUAACAGAGUGGUGUUUAUAUGUGACAAAAUGUAGCUAUGCAAUCUAUGUUAUCAGGCUAUAGAGAUUCUUCCACUGAUACGAAUCUACGUGAGAACGAAACUAAUCUGUCUCAUUCGAAACAUGAUUGAUUUUUUAAAGCUUGCAAAAGACACGUGCGAAAACAUUUGUUUUGAAAAUGAAAUAAUGGGAAUUCGAUACGCACGAUAAUAA